UGAAAUCCCAUAUUUUAUUUUGGAAAGCCGUAGCUUGUCCACUCUGAAUGGGUUUGUUUAUUCCUGUCAGAUGUCAGGUUUCAAGCUUAACCCUCGGUCGGUAUUGUCCAGCCGGUGAAAUGACCGCUUUCAUCUCCGUAUCGUCCAGCUCGCUGUCCUUACUGAGCGCAUUGGCGUUGUGCUCGAUAUUUCAGUAAUAGGAGCAGGGUGACGCCUUGACCUGCUGCUGAGUCAACAUCUCGCUGGACAUCAUGGUCAGGACCCCCACAGAGUAGGAAUUAUUUGGGUCAUUCUCAGUUCCGCAGUGACACUGACGUGGUGGCGUGUUAGUGUGUGUUGUGCUGGUCUGAGUGGAUCAGACAGUGCUGCUGGAGGAUUUAAACCCCUCAGGGUCACUGCUGGUCUGAGAACAGUCCACCGACUAAAAAUAUCCAGUCAACAGCGUCCUGUGGCCAGUGUCCUGUGACCACUGAUGAAAGACUAGAGGAUGACCAGCACAAACUGUGCAGCAGCAGAUGAGCUGUCGUCUCUGACUUCACAUCUACAAGGUGGACGGACAAGUAACAGCAAGUGUGGACUGCAGAGAACUGUUGGGCGAUCAUCGGCCGAUGCCAUUGCGUCUACGGUUGGCGAGGAAACUAGCUGGGUUCUGCGUGUAUGCUGCUGUUUGGUGGAUAGCACUAUAUUCUUAACCUCUGCAUGGAUUCCCAUGGCAAGCAGUGCUCCUGCAAUGCCCACCAUUCGACCCCAAGUGUCCAUCAGACCCUUGACGAGAUGGACUUUGAGAGAGGAAUAUGGUCAGCAGCUAUGGACGGUGACUUGGAGAGGGUCAGGUCCUUGUUAAGAAAGGGAACUGAUCCAAAUAUCAAAGACCAAGCCAGCUACACUGCUUUGCACUACUCCAGUCGAGCAGGUCACAGGUCAGUGUGUGAGCUGCUCCUGGACCACGGGACCUGUGCUAACUCCCAAACCCGCGGUGGGGCCACUUCCCUGCAUAGAGCGGCUUACUGUGGCCACCUUGCCAUCGUACAGCUGCUGCUGACCCAUGGAGCUGACCCCCAACUAACUGAUGAUGAUGGAUCAACGCCGCUGCAUAAGGCAGCUGAGCGGGGCCACCUGGAGGUGUGUGAGUUGUUGCUGAGCACCUGUCCCAUCUUGAGAACUGUGAAGGAUAGAAGAUUACGCUUACCUGUUGAUCUUUGUCCAGAAAACAGUGCUUUACUGGAGUUGCUAAACGCUCAGUGACCUGUUCUGCUUGCCAAAAAGAGAGACUUUGAGGAGGUGGAGGAGGAGAAGGAGUUUUAAGCAAACUGUAGAACUCAAGCUUCUGUUCACUCAAGGGAGUAAAUUUUUACACCUCUGUAGGGUUUUGACUGAAUAUCCUGCUUAUAAUAAUAAUUGGGAAAGAGCUUUGUAUUGAAACAUGUUUUCCAGAAACUCUAUAAAACUAUACUCUUUGGAUGGUGAAGAAAGACCCACAAAAGUCCAUUGACUGGAUAUGAAUUUUUUGUGCAUGUGGCUAUACCUACAUGAAGCUGCCAGCAGGUGAUGCCACUGACCACUCUUUGCUCUUGUGAAGUUCUGAGUAUGCUGUGUUUUCUGAUACAGUUUCCUGACCGUUAAUCGACUUGUGUACAUUUCUGUAUACAUGCCGUACAGCUUGCUCUGGAGAUACCAAACCUAAUUUAAGCCAUUAGGAACAAAAUGAUCAUGAUUUACUUGAAACUUUUCUGCAUAUUUCUAACAUCUGACUGGAAGAGAGGAAUGGCAUCUCCAUACUCAAUAUAUUUUCUAAGAUAUACUGCA